AUGGCCGGCAAAAGUCCCAUGAAAACCGAUGCCAUGGCGGGAAAGCAGCCGUCAAACUUGAAAACCUUGAAAAACCGCAAUGUAGGCGGGAAAUCAGCACCGGUACUUGCGCACUCUGCUUUCAACUCCAGACCAAGACGUUUCAGUCUGAUAUACUCCUCGGACUCGUCGCUGAGCGCACUCUCUGAUUUAGACAACAACCGAGAAGUCAGUAAUAAGAUACCCAAAAUGAGUAAGAAAUCAAAGCGGGGUGUCGCUAACGAAAUGGGAAAGAACGGAAGACUGAUACCGGAAAAUGCAGUCGACUCCAAUAGUGAGUCCUCCUCGGACUCGGGAGCUAUCGAUGAUGAAAGCGACAGCCCUGGCAGCAGCAGUGAAGACGAUGGCAACGACAGAGACGAUGAAGAAGAUGUCGAAGACGGGCAGAACGACCUUUCAAGUUCAACUUCUAGCUCGGACGACGACGACGUGGAUUUCGUCAAACUGAGUGCAGAAAGAAAGAAAAGGGCCAUGCGGGCCAUGAGCGCUUUGAAGCGAGGCAAAUCGCCCAAGAAGAGCGAUAUCGCUACUAAAGACAUCAAGAAGACCGUUCAGGAUGUCAAGAACAACAAAAAAGACAGCUUCAGUGGAGAAAGUUCAUAUGAGGACGCGAUGGCGUUUACCUUUAAAAAUGAUGGCGGUAUAAAAUUCGGAAAGAAGCCUAAGGAAGCCGCUAGCGACGAGGAUUUAGGUGAGGAAGUCAACGACGGAUCGUCAGCUUCCAACCAUUCUAUCUCUGCCGAGAACAACGCCGUGGACACAUUAAACGUGCCACAGAUAUCAGAAAGUGAAGAGUCCGAUUAUGAGAUAGAUCAUGAUGCCUACCUCAAAAGCAUUCAACAUGACGAAGAAGAUAUAUUAGGACUUGAAAAUGGCAUGGACACUGGCGAGGACGAUGUUCCAAUUUUGGACGAGGAGGAAAAUCAUAUUGUUAUGGAGCUUGAAAAAGACGAUGAGCUUUCAUUCAACGGUAGCAUACACGAAGAAGGCGAAGACCCUGUGGAGGUCGAAGCCAAAAAGGGUCUAGGUGCUAAAUUCAGCAGUCAGGCCUACAGCGAAUACAAUGAUGAUGACGAGGACGAAAACAUGAGUGAUUUUGAUGAGCCCUUUUAUGAAGACCCCAAAUUCGCCAACCUAUAUUAUUGUGCUGGAUCCGAUCAACCGCUCUCGCUGAGCACGUCGCUUCCACUAAUAUUGGAUGACGAGAAGAAGAGAAACCAUGACAAGAAACAGAUCAAAAAGAGAGAACGAGAAGAAUUCAUUCGACGUCGCAAACUCGCAAGAAAGCUUGACAAAGAGCGGAGACAGCGGUCCGCAGCCACAGAUCUAGACAAUGAGGAGUACCUUUUUGGAGUUUAUUUCAAAAGCGACGAGGAGAAAAAUAACAUAGAAGGCAUAGAAUCAUCUUUGCGUCAAUUGGGCUCGGCCGCGGCUUCCGAUAGUUACUCAAGCGAAGAAGAAUACGAAAAUAUUCUUCUAGACAUUGCUCAUAUACCAACGGAUGAAGAAAGCUUAACGUCUUCGAUCGGUGGUUUGAAGGGCGGUGACUGUGAUGCCGGUGAUGACGUAGAGGAAGAUGACGACGAAGAUGACGAUGUCAGUAUGUCUCAUGUCUUCAUCGAUAUUGACGAUCUGGAUCCGGACUCGUUUUACUUCCAGUACGAUAGCUCCGACGACGAAGAACUCGAUGUAAACAGCGAGAGCAAUCAGAAAGCCGAACCGGGACGGGAGACCGAGUCAGGGGACAAGGACUACGUUGAGACUGUCGUUUACAUUGACGGUGAGUCAACAGAUGAGGACGAGACGCUACCGCCUCCCAACACCAGAAAUAAGAAAAUCGGCUCAAAAGCAAAAGAAGUCGUGAGCGCCAACGUCGUAGGCUUGAAACCUCCAAAGCUGGGAACUUGGGAGACAGAUAAUAAACCUUUCAGCAUUAUUGAUGGACUGUCGACCAAAUCCCUCUAUCCUCUAUUACAGGAGCAGCAGCUUCUAGAGCAGUCACAGCUAUUGCAACAGCCUAUGUCAGCGAGCGAACUAAGUGCCACAGGUGAAAAGGAAGAGCUAACUCUCAAUGAACUUCUCAACAUGAGCGAGUUAGACGACGAAGACGAAGCGUCUCGGACCGCCAAUAACAACCUUGCCGUAUCAGAAUGGUACGAGAAGCCCAAAGUACCUUUAUCUGCUUUCAGAAACAAAGGAGUUGAUGUUGGACAUGAUGAAGAGUACAUGCUUCCCGUAUUUUCCGCCAGAAAGUGUCCUAUCGGUUAUGUGGGUAGUGAGAGGACCAGAAAGAAGAUUGAUAGAAUGAAGAUACUACAAAAGAAGAAGAGUGAGGAACGGAGAAAGCUUAAAAAGAAAAAGAAGCUCCUCAAGCUCAAAAAGGAGCGGGAUAGACUGGAGAAGGAGAGACUUUCGGAGGUCGCUGCGUCAAGCGAGAUAGGGGGUGCAGAUUUGGCGGUAUCUCUGAAAACGGAAGAUCCGUUGAGCGUCUUGGAGAAAAGACUCGAACAGGAGACAAACUCUGAGGUGAACACGUCCAAUAAAUCCAUUGAUGCGAUGGGCUUGGACGACAUUAACAAUCUGCUGGCCAACACCGAUAAUGACCUCAUCCCCCACGCAGGUCAGGAUGGCGACCGCUUGGACGCGGAAGACGCUGAUAUUUUGGCUACUCUCACGGCUCCAGUGGACGUUGACGCUACGGAUGAUGGCCACAUUACAACUGGUGCCGCUUGGAGAAGGCGCCAAAGUGUUGUUGAGGCUGCUGCCGAAAACUUACGUUUUACAAAAAGUGGUCUUUUCAGCGAAAGUGCAUUAGCAGAUCUAGAGGAAAUUAUUGGUGGCUCAAGUGCUUCUGUCAUUGAGUUCAGCGACGUUUUGCAAUGA